AUGUCAUCCGGCACCGACCGCUUCAACGCCGAAGCCGCGGCCUGGGACAGCAACCCGGUGACGGUUCGCAGCAGUGAGCUCGCAUACGAGGCGCUGCUGCGACACGUGCCGGCCCUGACGAAGGAAGACAGCAACCAAACCCUCGACGUCCUCGAAAUCGGCUGCGGCACCGGCCUCCUCUCCACGCGCCUCGCGCCGCACGUGCGCACGCUCCUCGGCGUCGACCUCGCAGGCGGCAUGGUCGCGGCGUUCAACGCGAAAGUCUCCAAGGACCAGCAGCAGAAGCUCACCAACCUCACCGCCAUCGAAACCCUCCUCACUGACCCCGACCAACCCGAAGUCCAAUCCGCCGCGCGCGCCCUGCUGUCGCGCUCCGCAGCGGCCAAUGAAGAAGGAAAACCCAUCCGCUGGCACCUCCUAACCUCCCACCUAACCCUCCACCACAUCCCGCAGCUGGCCCCCUUCCUCGCAACCUGCCACGCCUCCCUCCGUCCCGGCGGCCUCAUCGCUUUGACGGACUUCGAGGCGGUCGGGCCGGAAAGCGUGCUCUUCCACCCGGCGUCGAAGCGCGCGGACGUCGAGCGGCACGGGAUCGACCGCGGCGAGAUCGCGCGGCUGGCGCGCGAGGCCGGGUUCGUCGAUGUGCGCGUCGAGACGGCGUUUGUGUUGGAGAAGGAGAUUGAGGAUCCGAGCGAAGGAGUGGCGGGCGGGAGGACGAGGGUUGGUUUCCCGUUUUUGGUGGUUUUGGGGCGGAAGGUUUGA